AUGGGUAGGAAGAGCAGAAGAACCGGCAACGACCUCGAUGACCUCGAUUUUCCUACCGAGAAGCUCCGUCUCAAGACUCCUCCUGCAACACCGCCUCAGACCGAUGACGUUGAUCUCUCAGAUACACACUUGCCGCCUCCCCAAUGUUCCGCUCCGAUCUUGAAUUUGCCAUAUGAGAUAUAUUCCAAAAUUUUCGACUACGCAGAUCCAACAUCAAUCUACUCCCUCCACCUCACGCACCCCCACCUCCGAUCGACAGCCUCAAACUGGGUACAAUCACUCGUCUUGUCACAAUCCCUGCCAUACCCAUUCAAUCUGAUCGAUAAUGACACAUUACACAAUUUUAAUGGACUACGAGAUAUGCUGGAGACUUGUCUGAAUAAUGCAGAAGUGGUGGGAUUGGAGUGGGAACCAACGUAUGAAGCACGACGUACGGAGGAUUGGGAGGGGUACGACUCCGACCGGCCGGUCGAUGAACAACAACUCGAAUUCGAUACCCUUCGACGCAAAAGCAGCAAACCUAUGGAAUCCAGGCGCCAUAGACUCUGGCGUUGGGAUCGCGACCGCAGGCGUCUUGAAUGGUUGCGGUAUGCUGGGUUUGUGUGGGGUGUAGGAUACGGUACUCCGUUCACGAAACACGGCAAGGUGAAGAUGUCUGCACUGGCAAAAGCCCGGACCGAAGCCGCAACAAGCGCAGUCCGCCCCGAACACUACAACAACAACCGACCAAACACAGCCUGGGACACCGACGACUACCUCCGCGUUCUCCUCUCCUUCGCUUCCGACACGAAACAUGAUGUGAAAGCUAUCGUGUUUCCGACGAGUGAGAUAGCCGGGAACGGGAAAGAGGAGGGAAGGUUGAGAGUGUUAUUGGAGAGGGGUGCGGAGAAGUUGGAUUUGAAGGCCGUUGUUGUGGAGGAGAGGGUGGAGGGGGGUGGAGUGAGGAGGAGUUUGUUAGUGAAGAAGAAAGGGAAGGGACAGAGUGGGAGGAAGGCGGAGAGGGUAGCGGCGCAGAAGGGAGGCUUUUGA